AUGUCAUCUUCUGAAGAAUUUCAGACUAUUUUUGAUACCGCUAUUGCAUGUGUUCAAAUAACGGAACAAACAUACAACGUUGUAUGUAAUAACGUAGCUGCAAGUUCUCAACGGAGAACACGAAGAUAUAUUUGCAGAAAUCGUGAAGAAGCCAACCAACGUUUGGUGCAAGACUAUUUUGCAGAGAAUGCCACUUAUCAAGGGUAUUAUUUUCAUAGGCGCUUCAGAAUGCUCAAAGGUUUAUUCGAACUUAUAGUUGAAGAUGUAACGAAGGAGUGCAGUUUUUUCCAACAACGCUACGAUGCUAGAGGUACACCCGGUUUCACUCCCUUACAAAAAUGCACGGCCGCACUUCGUCAGUUAGCAUAUGGCAUUCCGCCUGAUGCGUUAGACGAAAGUUUUAGGAUGUCUGCUAGGAUAGCACGAGACAGUCUCCAUUUUUUCUGCAAAACUGUGAUUCAGUUUUAUGGUCCAAAAUAUUUACGUAAGCCUACACGUAAUGACAUCCUGCAAUUGCAAGCUCAUCAUGCUAGUGUGCAUGGGUUUCUUGGAAUGCUAGGAAGCUUAGAUUGUCUCCAUUGGGCAUGGGAAAAUUGCCCUACAGCAUAUCAUGGGCAAUUUACCUGA